CUUCUAUGGCCGGUCUAAAUACGAUUAUAAUCCAGUAGCCCCAUGCAUCCUGGAUUGUGGGAGAAGUGUAUGGGAAUCGCCGUUUGCAAGCGGCUGUCCACAACAUCUCUUCUCGCCAUCUGGACCAUCAGAAAACCAUGGCAGCAACAGAAUUCCCUUUUUUCUCCAGCCUCCCCGCAGAACUGCGCAACCAGAUAUGGCGAGACGCCCUGCCCGACAAAAUAAGACGGCCUCUAUACUUCUACAAAAAGGGAUGUUGGUGCCCUAGAUACAUUACAGCGACGGAUCCCAAGUACAGUUAUCUGCAUAACGCUGAACACGAUGACUAUAACGACGACUAUAACUGGUACUUUCUAUUUUACCACGAAAAACUGGACUGUGUCAACUUGGGGCUGCCGCUUUUCUUUGUUAACCGCGAGGCCCACGCCAUUGCCUUGCAGUGGAUCCACGAGCAGGGCCUGAAGAUACGCUUCUAUAAGGAUGAUCAAGAGUCCUUUCUCGUCGUGCGCCCAUUCGACCCACUAACGGAUACGUUGUAUGUCCCAUUUCAUAAAUGGGACGAAAUCAACUUCGAACCUUUCGAUCGAAUGGAGGAACCGGAUAUUUUUGGCCGGUCUCUUAGCUGUGACAACCCGGAGUUUACACGGCUUGCGUUACCGGAGGCGCUGUUUCAGAAAUACCCUGACUCGCUACAUGGGAUGUUUCACUGGUAUGCUAAUGUUGAAAAGUUAUAUGUUAUCUUCAAUGCACCGCCGGAUCUACUGCCGGAGGACGGCAGCGGGAUGCAGCGGAGAUGGGAGCUUGAGGGCACGGAGCAAGUAGCGUUCGUCUGGAAUAACAGCUUGCAGAAGUUUGAGUGGAGGGGUAGGGAGUAUAUCAGAGACGAUGCCAUGCAGAUGCUGAUAGAGUGGGCGUGCAGAAAUCUAGGUGAAGAGUUGAUACAUGAAAGUGUACAGUCCUUUGAGAUCCUAACCGCCUUUGCCGUUAGAAGAUAAAUGGAUAGCUGUCAUACUUGGCAUUCUCUACUGGUGCAUCUUCGUGUAGAGGAUUCGAAAUCGCUGGCCUAUUAGUUAGUACUCUUGCUUACCAUUAUAUACACGGGUGCAAAUAUAAUGAUAGCAGGAAGUAAACAGACAGAGACCACCAAUUUCAGAAGCCAUUGGGCGGUGCGACCUGGACUAAAUAAACAUGAACA